AACAUAUUUGUUUUGUUUUCAAAUAUACUAGGUACUACUCCUGCUCAUCCAUCUCCAUACUCAACGUCAUACCUCCUCUCUCACAUACAAUGGCGUCCGUGGACGACUACCAUAUCUCGGCCAACAUCGCCCCUAGCACGGGUCGAUCCAACCAGCACCAACGUUCAAAGUCGAGUGUGUUGAAAUCUUUUAUCCACAGACGGCACAACUCCGAUGGCUCCGAAUUACCACCUACCAACCUUUUAUCUCCUUCGAACCUAACCCUCGACACUCCCCCCACUCCCAAACAUGAUAGCUACGGUUUUCCAAACUUUUCUCGGCCAGCGGCCUUAGGCGAAAUUCAGCAGAACCAAGUCAGCAGCUCUCCUCGAUCACCUACUAAACAUCAAGAUCAGUCAAAUAUCAGUCAAUUGUCCCCCACCAAAAUCGGAUUCAAUACAAUUUCUACCAAGCCGUCGGCGGUAAAGGAGGCCGAACGAUUAGCUCGACUAGCCAAACAAAACGAGGGCAAGCCCAAGAAGACCAAGUCGGCCACAAAUCUUGUGGGAUUUCUGAGCCGUCCCAAAAGUUCCAAGAAUCUUAACGGACAAGCCAGCGAGGACGAGAUACGGUUCAAGAAAAAUAAGGAGAACCAGCCGCCCCAGGAGGCGGCUCGAGCGCCUAUUUAUGCUCAAUUCUCGAGCGGGGCAUUAGAAAAGCAGAACGAUCCAGAUUACGCAAAGGACUCUAACGCGCUCAACCUCCCUACUAACGGCAAGUAUUCUUCCAACGCGCCCUCCAGCGGCCGCGCCAACAAGGAACGACCCAAAUCUUACCACGCACCUUUUUCUCAAUCGGCCGACAUGAAGCCAGGCCAAGGUAGCACCAAGGCCUCUCCGUCUAAGAUACAGAGGGGCCUGAGGCUAUUUGGCGGCGGCGGUAGUGCCAGUUCGCAGGAUCGACCCCGUUCACCUGAGCCUUCCGAGCGAGUACUCGAUCCGAAAGACAUCGAUAAGCACCUCGAAGCCAUGCUAGACCGACGCAACAUUCCCGAGCACCAAAGAUAUAAGAUGCGAAGCUUGGCAGACACCAUCAAGAUGGAAUUCAUACGCCAAGACUGGGCCGAGAGCAGAGGUCUCCAGAUGGCCCGACCGGGAAGCCAUGACAGCGAUAGUUCCAGCCUGAACGCCACGCAGGCGAACGAGCAAGCGAAGCCGAAGAAGUCCCGCGGCCGAAGCUUCACGAUGUCGAGGGGCAAGAAGUCGGCGCCCGGUUCUCCGACCAAGAAGUCUAAGGGGGAGGGAUCCAUAGGUCGGCAUUUCCGAAGUAGAUCCACGGACAGCGUCGCCACCAGCGACCGCCCCUUGUCAUCUACGUCGAGUACAGGGAGCAGCAUAUUCUCCAAGGUUAAAUUGCAGCAAGGCCCCGUCGAUUUUGUGGCCUACUUGCGUAAGGUACAAAAACCGCAGCUGGUCGAGGUCGGCAAGCUCCACAAGCUACGUCUACUCCUACGAAACGAGACCGUAGCUUGGACUGAGGAGUUCAUUCGCCAGGGUGGUAUGCAAGAGAUCGUAGCACUCUUGCAUCGUAUCAUAGAGGUUGAGUGGAGGGAGGAACAUGAGGAUGCUCUUCUGCAUGAGAAUCUUCUCUGCCUCAAGGCAUUGUGCACCACGGCUCUUGCCUUGCAAUAUCUCCAUUCCAUCCAAGCAACGCUAUUCCCGGCACUCUUGCAUAUGCUCUUCGACCCAGAAAAGAAGGGUCCCAGCGAGUUCACAACUCGUGGUAUCAUCACUUCGGUGAUGUUUACCUACAUACAGUCAGCACCGCCCAGUGAUCGUCCGAUCCGAGCCAGGACUGUACUCAACCAUCUACGCGAUCCCGAGCCGAAAGAAGAUGAGCGACCAGUUGGCUUUGUAUUCGACAUGCGCCGAGAACGCCCGUAUCGCGUGUGGUGUAAAGAGGCCGUCUCAGUCACCAAGGAGGUGUUCUGGAUUUUCCUGCACCAUCUCAAUGUCGUCUACGUGCCCCGAGACAAGGAUCGCAAAGAAGCCACUAGUCCGUCCGGCAUAGACAGCGUUACUUACAUGCAGACCCACUUCCCUCAGGAGAGACCACCUGUCCCCGCCGCCCCUUACGUUGGUGGUGUGGAAUGGGACGCUACGAAUUACCUGGCUUCCCACCUCGACCUCAUGAACGCCAUCAUUGCAUGCCACCCCACAGCAGAGGAGCGCAAUAAUCUGCGUCGCCAAUUCCUCAUCUCGGGAUGGGAGCGUUGCAUGGGAGGUAGCUUACGCCUCUGCAAGGAGAAGUUCUAUCCCGGUGUACACGACGGCCUGCGGACUUGGGUCGCGGCUGCAGUCGAAGACGGCUGGAAUGCGAAGGACGUGCGAUACGGACCAGCGUCAGAAUCCAGGAGCCCGACGAAGAAGCAGGUAGGUGCUGGGGCUAAUAAGGGCAAGAAUAAGGAGGAGUCGGCCCCGAAGAUCGACAUUCCCAAGCUAAAUCUUGGAUUGAGUUCCGCACAUAGCUCGGCUACUCCCGCAGGUAAAUCAAGCGACAACUGGCUCUCGUAGCCAGAAGCCUUGCUGCCACGUUGGGGCCCAGCACCGGGCGGGUGGGCUCCUAGAUAGGAAAUGAAAGGCACCAAGCCCGAAGCUAGAACGCUAACGGAUGUGUUGGCUGGAGUCUCGUGCUGGGUUAGAAGAUAUCAUUGUCGUCGAUGUAUUGUACCCUGGAGUUUUAUUGGCUUUCAGGGGGGGAGUGUUGUUUUUCCCGCGGGUCUCAUUGUCAUUGCUAUGCCUCAUGAUUUGGGUUUUCCAUCUUUCCUCAUCACUUGGUAAUGACGUCCAGUUGGACAAGGCUAUUCACACGCGGUAGAUUGAAUGAUCAUGACGGUUAUGACUAGGGCACAGCUCAAUGAAUACAAAUGAAGUUUAAACACCUUAUCGUGUAUCGUGAUCUGUUCUACGUUUUU